UACUGGGCCCUUAGGUACGGCCCAUAAAAGGUUAGGGUUUCCGCCUUGCUACAAAACCAAGCACGCGUCCGCCGCAGCCGCCGUUGUCUCGUCCUCUGCGCAUAGCUAGGGUUGGCGACUGCAGGGCUCGUGGCCUCUCCCAAGCGCAGCCAUCAUGCCGAAGCAAAUCCAUGAGAUCAAGGACUUUCUUCUCACAGCGAGGAGGAAGGAUGCCCGCUCCGUGAGGAUCAAGAGGAGCAAGGAUGCUGUCAAGUUCAAGGUUCGCUGCUCCAAGUACCUCUACACACUGUGUGUCUACGACACUGAGAAGGCCAUCAAGCUGAAGCAGUCUCUACCUCCUGGCUUGACCGUGCAGGAGGUUUAAGCUUUGGAAAUAGUGACUACAGCACCUGUGCUGGUUGCUUCGAAGAUUUGCCAAUCUACCUAAAAUUUAGUUUUUGUAGGGGACCUCUGAGUGUUUUAAAUGAAUUGCUGUGAUUGAGACAAAAUGUUAUGUGGAAGUAAUAUGAUGACUGGCGACCCUCCAUUUGAUGUUCAAAUGGACUCGUUCUUCUCUUUUCUCUUUUCAAAACAGCGCAUUUG